GCCUCAGCCCGUGCCUGCCUGCCGGCGGCGGGGCGCGCGCGGCGUGUGGGGCUGGCACGCGCGCUGUUGUUAUUGGUGCCGCCGGCCGCGGCGGAGGGAGGGGGAGGGGGAGCGGGCGGGCGCCUCAGUCAGUGAGUUCUUUAAAGAUGGCCGGAGCGGCGGCGACUGCCGCCGCGACCCCCGUGUACUGCGUGUGCCGGGAGCCCUACGACGUGAGCCGCUUCAUGAUCGAGUGCGACAUCUGCAAGGACUGGUUCCACGGCAGCUGUGUUGGGGUAGAGGAGCACCAUGCUGUUGACAUUGAUCUGUACCAUUGUCCCAACUGUGCAAUUCUCCAUGGACCUUCUCUAAUGAAGAAGAGGAGGAACUGGCACAGACAUGACUACACAGAGUUGGAUGAUGGUUCCAAACCAGUGCAGGCUGGAACACGGACCUUCAUUAAACAGCUGCGGGCUCGCUGUUUCCCAAGUGCUGAUGAAGUAAUUUUGAAAAUGCAUGGAAGCCAGCUAACACAAAGAUAUUUGGAAAAACAUGGGUUUGAUGUUCCCAUUAUGGUUCCUAAAUUAGAUGGUCUGGGGCUCAGACUUCCUCCGCCAACUUUCUCUGUUUUAGAUGUGGAACGCUAUGUAGGUGGUGACAAAGUGAUAGAUGUAAUAGAUGUAGCAAGACAAGCAGACAGUAAAAUGAAGCUCCAUAAUUAUAUUAAGUAUUUCACAAAUCCUGACCGACCAAAAGUAUUGAAUGUGAUCAGCCUGGAAUUCUCGGACACAAAGAUGUCUGAAUUAGUGGAAGUACCAGAUAUUGCCAGAAAGCUUUCAUGGGUGGAAAAUUAUUGGCCAGAUGAUUCUGUCUUCCCUAAGCCUUUUGUUCAGAAGUAUUGCUUGAUGGGUGUCCAGGACAGCUAUACUGAUUUUCAUAUCGAUUUUGGAGGAACAUCAGUUUGGUACCAUGUUCUCUGGGGUGAGAAGAUAUUCUAUUUGAUCAAGCCCACUGAUGAAAAUUUGGCGCUCUAUGAGUCUUGGAGUUCAUCUGUCACCCAGAGUGAAGUAUAUUUUGGGGACAAGGUUGACAAAUGUUACAAAUGUGUUGUGAAGCAAGGACACACUUUAUUUGUUCCAACAGGCUGGAUUCACGCUGUGCUCACAUCUCAGGAUUGUAUGGCUUUUGGAGGAAACUUUUUGCACAACCUCAAUAUUGGCAUGCAGCUCAGGUGUUAUGAAAUGGAGAAGAGGCUAAAAACCCCAGAUCUUUUCAAAUUUCCUUUCUUUGAAGCCAUCUGUUGGUUUGUGGCCAAAAACUUACUGGAAACAUUGAAAGAACUAAGGGAAGAUGGUUUCCAGCCUCCAAGCUAUUUAGUGCAAGGAGUGAAGGCUUUACUUACUGCUUUAAAACUAUGGAUGAAAAAAGAACUUGUAACAGAACAUGCCUUUGAAAUUCCAGACAACAUUAGGCCUGGGCAUCUCAUAAAAGAGCUCUCAAAAGUGAUUCGUUCUGUAGAGGAGGAAAACAGCAAACUAGUUAAAACUCAGGGAAUUCUUGGUGCGUGUCCAACUUCACGGUCUUUGCAUGAAACAACUUCCCCUCACCACUCCAGACGAAGGGUGAGGAAACUGAGAGACCAUGCUGCCAAAACUCCUUCUAAUCUGGACAUCCUGGAACUCCACACUAGGGAGGUACUGAAAAGGCUGGAGAUGUCACCGUGGGAGGAGGACACCACAAGCUCAAAACUGAAUGGGAGAUUUAACAAGCCCUUUCAGCCAUCUUCUACAGUACCUGAAUGGCGAACAAAAGACAAUGAUCUUCGCCUUCUGCUGUCAAACGGAAGAAUAAUUAGAGAUGAGAGACGCCCAUUUACAGAUCGAAGUCUUUACACAGCAGAUAGCGAAGAUGAAGAUGACAGGACAAGGUCGAAAAAGAUGACUGUUAAGGUAGAAGACCAGCCCUCAGGAUUUGAAGGAGAAGGGAAUGCGGAUGCCCAGAAACCACUGAACAUGUUCUUUGAAAGUGUGAAAUCAGAACUCAGGAAUGGAUCCUCAGAGUACUCUGAUAUUUCUGAUUCAGAAGAAUCUGAGCCUGAUUGCACUACACAGCAGAAGGAUUCCUCCACAGAGGAGUCAGAAAGCUCAGGUGAUGAAGAGAAACAGGAAGUAACAUCAAAUUUCAAAGAAGAAUCUAAGGUCAUGAGAGACCUUUGUCAAAAUACCCAGAAGCCAUCCAGAAAUGAAACUCCCAGUAAAAAGGAAUGUCCUACCUCGACAAGUACAGAAGAAGAAGCUAUUCAGGGCAUGCUUUCUAUGGCAGGAUUGCACUAUACUACAUGUUUACCAGGUCAUACUCAAAGCACAGACUGCACAGAUAAAAGAACCUCUCUUCAGGAACACAGAAGCUACCCCAGGAGUCGGCAUAAAGACAGACAGCCAUCUCAGAGCCACAGAACAAUAGAAUGUGGUAGGUCUGUGAAGGAAGAGGAAGGAGACUUGGGGACUUCAGCAUGGGCUAGACACCUGAAUGAAGUUUCGAGGACUACCCCUCAGGAUACAAGUAAAACUCAAAAAUACGUUAAGAAAGAGGCUGCAUCAGAAGCCAAUCAUAAGGUUCAGGAAAACAGAAGUAUAGUCCACAACAACAGCUUGAGUUUUCAGCACAGCAAGUAUACACGAGACUCCAAUCUAAUUCAAGGAGAAUGUCGACUGAGUGAUGGCAGCCUUAGCCCUGACAGGCCGUAUGGUGAAACAUCCUUGUCUGUACCACUUCAUCCAACAAAGAGGCCAGCAUCAAAUCCACCCCCUAUCAGCAACCAGGCAACAAAAGGCAAACGUCCAAAGAAAGGAAUGGCAACUGCUAAACAGCGUCUUGGGAAGAUCUUGAAGCUGAACCGGAAUGGCCAUGCACGCUUCUUUGUUUAAUGUAGCUGCUACUUCUACUACUGCUGUCUUUCCUACACAGACCAGUAUUGAGGUCAACAGAGCCUGGAGCUGCUGUUAUUCCUCUGCUUGAAGCAGACUUGCAUGUACCAUAUAAAACACUGCCUGAUGAACAAAAACAAGAAAGAAAAAAAAAAUACAAAACAAAAAAAACAAACAAAAAAAAAACCAACCCAAUGCUGCAUUUUCACUGUGCCACACCUGCUCAGCAAUAACCAUACGGGAAUGGGGAAAUCUUCAGAGAGACACGGACUGUGAGAAAUAGUCUCUCAUCAGGGCUUGAAUAUCAUUUGUUGCUGGUAGUUUCUGACCUAAUUAAUGAGGGGAAGAUGAUGAAGGUGGUAUAUCAAUAAUUUAUUUCUGAUAGAUUUUGACAACUUUUAAAUUCAUUUAAAAAACCUAUUUAUUUGGAAGACUUUUUUUUGUGGGGGUUAUUAAUUUAGAUUUAAGAAUGUGAAAGUUUUUAAUUGUUUUGAUAAUGUAUGUUUGGUGCAGUGGAGAGCCACGUUAAUUGUGAUUAGUCUGGACUCCUAAAUUUGAUAUUCAGGUUAUAGUCUUAAAUAGGGGUGAGAUGCAUUAUUAAUUAUUUUUUAAAUUAAGGCAUAUGGAAUCUUAUUUUUUUUCCUGCUUUUUGUAAGCUAUUGGCUGGGCUUCUGUUGACUUGCAAGUUGCAUAUUCUCUGCCAGCUUGACUAUUUUUUGACCUGUCCUCUUUAAUACAGAUUUAUUUAUUUGAUGGACUAGAAGAGACUCUUAAAGACAGAAGAAUCUUCUUACAUCAGUCCAGUAGCUAACUUGUUUUAAACUGCACCCCUUUCCUCCAAACUGGAAUGCAUGCUUUUCCUCCUGAUGAUCUUCUGUCAUGAUUUUCUUCUGUAAAAAGGCUCCCUGAAAUUGUGUUUGUACAGGUUAUUUAAGAGGUGGUACAAAGGAGGGAAACCUAAUAUAUCUUUUUGGAGGAAUAGGGACAUCAGUUAAGAUAAAUGUUUCUUCAGAAUAAUUACUUUGAAAUAACUCGUAAGAUAUACGUUGCAGUCUCAAGAUUUGGCAUAUUACUUAAUGUAGCAUGGAAGAAGCAUUAAAAUAUUAUUAUUGUACUUUAAACACAUUUUACUGAAGAGUAAGGAAGGCAGGAGAAUGUGUGUUGCUUUCAAAGCUGGGUGAGACAGCCAAUUAAAAGUCUUAACUGGUGCAUAUACAAGCAUUAAGUAGCUUACUGGUAUCAGAAUGGUCAUUUGUGUCAGGCUUCAUACAGAGCUGAUAGCAAAUGCCGAUUCUGAAUUAUUGUAAAUAAUUUUGAUUUAAAAUUUGUAUUUUUCUGUAAUAUAAAAUUAAAUAUUUAACUUCUGGGGGAUGGGGAUGAAGGCGGGAAGGAGAAUACUUUUACUUGAUUCUGGAAAAAGGGCAUUUUGCAGGGUCCAGCCAAAAUGUAAACAUUAAUAUGCUAGUGACAACAAUAUUGUUGGUUGGUUAGGGGUUUUUUUGGUUGCUGAGAGUAAAAAUACUCAGGCAUAGUUAUACAAGUCAUUGAAUUGAUUUAACUUUCCAUACCAGUUUUUCCUUCCUCCAUAUUCUAUACUGGAAUAAUUUUCUCUUGUGGUUUAAAAACAAAUUCAGUUGGACUUUCCAGAAUAUUUGUGCAGUUAUUUUUGUCUAGGCUAGAUGAUGAAUGCCUUUACAAAUUUAUGGAAAGAGUUCUGAUGUCAGGUGUUUUUGAUUGUUGCAGGGUCAAAACUAUUUAGCACUAUGUUAUCCUGUUUCUGAAUUGAGAAACAUCAAAACAUAAUGCAACUGCAAAUAAGUCAGGUAGCUUUCAUGGCUUUACUUCCUCUGGAGCUUGAAAAUUAUAAUUUAAGAGUGUUUUUUGCAGCCCUGCAUUUACAUUAUAUUGACUUGACUUUAUAGUUUUUUGUGUAUUGUUUGCGCGUAUGGGUGAAUUUUUUUAACCUUUUUUGUUUGCUAAAUAUGGUUUCACAAAAGCAUGUUUUCAGUCUUUUUAAUUUUUUUUUUUUUUUAAUUUAAUUUAAUGCAAGCUAUCAACCUUGUUUAGACUAUUGGGAAUGGAGGUAAGAAAGGAUUUCUAAAAAGCAGAAGAUAAGCUAAGAGGUACUCUACAGGUGCUGAAAGUGACUAUAAGUACUUGCUGUUCUCAGGUGCUAUGUUUUCCAGAUGGAAAUAGUUAAAAGAGAAUAUUUUAACUAUCUUCUAAUAUGUUCUCACCAAAGUAAGUCAAAGAAAUAAACUGUUGUCAAUAUUAGUUAAAACUAUAUACCCAUAUAAAUACUCUCUGUGCUUAAGCUUGAGCAAAUGGAUUAAUGUCUGCCAGGCUUUGAAAACUGUUUUAGCUUUAGCAUAUUGAACCAAACUGUUUCCUUCUUGCUGGCUGUAUAAUUUUUAAGAAUAGAAAAUUGCAGUUUAGGGCAGCAGUCAGAUUCAGAGCAAAAUGAAGAACGAGCUCGCUCUCCUUAAAGGCAGAUUUUUUGAGAACGCUUAUCUGAAAUAGAAGUAUGCCGGAAUAGAAUCUGGAGUAAGGAAUUUUAAAAUAUGGAGUAUGCUUUCUUGUACAUGUGACUGGCUUAUACAAAGUCUCUUUUCUGACCAUCCACAUUAUUUAUCUGUAUUUUACUAUUGGAACACAGAUGUGGCUGGACCCAUAUAUAUUAUUUCUUCUUGGUUUUAUUCUUUCAUUACUCUUCUUUCUACCUUUUUUUUCAAAGUGGCUCUCCACUGUCAUGAAUUUAUGUAAUAGUCUCUUCACAGGCUGUCAACAGGCAGAGGUUCAAUCCAUUUUCUUCAAAUACCCAUGCUUCCAGCAGAAGUUAAUUCUGAUGUUCCACCUCAGAACAAAUAAUUUAAAAGAAAUUGCCAUGAUGAGCAGUAUUAAAAAAAAAAAAAAAAAAAAAAAAAAAAAAAAAAAAAAAAAAAAAAAAAAAAGGGGGCGGGGGGAAAAGUCUCCUGGUAGCUCAUGAAGAGGAUGUGGUGACCUCACUUGUUUUGUGUACUUGUAUGUAGGGAUAUUUUUAUUGUGUUCUAGAUGAAAACACUACUGCACCAAUCUUUCUGUAGAUGGACUGAACCUUGUGUUGUUGUAGUGGAGAGAAAAAGCCCUAUUUUUUUCCUUGCUGUCUCACUUGGGGUGGAAGAGGGAGGGAGUAGGGAACGCUGACAGGACAACAAAGAGAAUUAAGCCUGCUAUAGUAACUCAUUUUCAAGGAUAAUCUUUUCUGAAAAGUCAGAGAACUUGGAUUUGGCAUAAAACUUUUUUUUUUGUAGACAGAACAAUAGGAAAUGAAAUAUUGUAGGGGUUUUCCCAUUCUCUACGUUCUUACGUUCCUGCAAUUGAAAAAAGAAACAAACAUGAAAAUGGAAAGACCACCUAGAAACUAUAUCAAAGACUCUUCCAGCAACUUUCCCUUUUCUUCUCCUACUAUACUUGCUAAUAAACCCUGGCUACAAGGUAGCCUUUGUUGACCUCUGAGGUAGAUUACCUAUGCAACCUAUAAUACUCUACAUGAAUCCAUUCUUAAAGACAAUUUUGAAAGGGUUAGAUGUUGAGAGUUAAAAUUGUUGCUUUCUGAUCACGUGGGGGAUUUGGGGGGUUUUGGUUUUUUUUGGUAGUUGAAGUGCUUAUGUUACCUUUAGUAGAGAUAGAAGAGAGCACAGUGUCAUGAUCACAUUUGAGAAGCUUCAGCUUUCCGUAGGCUUUGCUAUAUGGCAUAAGCUACCUUCAUUCACAAGGCAAUGAACUUGUAAAUGUUGAAAAUUUUUGCAGGGUUUUGGAAUCAGAGCUGAUGUGAAUCUUGCUACCCCCUUUUUGGUAAUUGUGGAGACUAAGUAGAACUGAAGCUAGAAUGACCUGGUACUAGAAGCUUAUAACUAGUGCCCGAUUUAAGCUCCACAUGCUCACCUAUCCCUUCACACCCCCACCAUGUCCCCCAAAUCUAGUGUCUUUCCACAUAAUACUUUUCACGUAAUACUUCCAGACCAUUAAAAGCUGUUUGUAGCUCCGGGGUUGAGUGAGCCCAGAGCUACUGUUUCACAGAAAAAACAUAAAUGGAACCAAGGGCCUUACUAUUUGUGGUUAAACAAGAUUAAAAGCUGCAACAUCCAUUUUUCCAAAAAAAAAAAAAAAACCCCAAACAAAAAAAACCCCAACAAAACCACCCUAGUAACCCUCUUUGUGGGAGCGUAUGAGUGAUAAAUCAUGCAGUGGAUGGGAAGUUUAAGUAGCACUGAUAAGGAAAUGCAUGUUCUUCAUAGGCUGCAUUUCUGUUUGGAAAAAAAGACUUUUUCUACUUUUAAUAUAAAUUAAGCCAUAAGAGUUUCAUGCUGUGGGAAGGGAAUGAAAGGGAUCACUUUAAGAGAUUAUAUUGAUAUGUAUUGUCACUUCUGCUGGGAAAUGUCUAUUGCUGCCAGUGCUUUGGUGAAUCUUUUUUUUUAAAAAAAAAACAAUGAAUUUGAAAAAAAAAGAAAAGGGGGCUAGUUCUUGGCUAUAUUUACUAGUUUUGUAGUAACGUUUUGCUGGCCCGUUUGUCUCUUCCUCUCCUUUUUCUACUCUCAUAGUCUAAUUUCUAUCUUUCCUUCUAAUGUGUCUGAAAAUAUUAGCUUGUCUGCUCAGUAGAGGUCGGUGUAUGUGUGUCUUCCUUUUUACAGAAACGCACUACUGUGUUAAGUAUUUGGCUGGGAAAUGGGAUGCUGCAGCUUUAAGAGCAUUUUUUUCAAUUCAUAACAGUAUUUCCCAUCCUCUUUUGCCUGCAGGCAGGGAAAGUGUAUGUACAGUAUUUAUUUUGUUUUGAUUUUACUUUAAAUUUGUAAGUUUCUAUAAGUAGUUCACAUUGAUUAUUCUAGAGGAGGACAAGUGGCUUUGUUUAAAUUUGUAUUUGAUAUUCAUAGUUUCCACUUUCUGUACUUUAAAAUACUGAAAUUAAAAAAUUGUAUUGCUUAUGUUUUGAUUUUAGCACUCCAAAGUGUUUAAUUUCUUCAGACUUCUGCUCAUUUGCUUCAGUGUAAAUACAGAAAACUGUACAGAAUAUCAUGAGGAGAAAAAUGCUUUUCUAGGUCCAAUCUCUGUGCCCUUUACUUGUCACACUUUAAAGAAGAAGUUUUCUGGAGAAAUGUGAGAGGGAAUAUUCUCAUACUUUUUAAAAAUUUUUUUCAAAGUGCGAAUCUCAUUUCAAUCCAUGUGUAUUAUAUGGCAACUAAAUGCAUUUUGUGAAGAUGUGUAUAUUCUUUUUGAAUCCUAAUGUAAAACGGAGGUGGAAGUGUUUGUGAUCCAUCAUAUUAGCACAUCUAUAACUGUAAAAAGGGUGUCAAAUGGUAUUUUCAUGUUCUUGCUCUUGGUUUUUGUUCAGGUUUGUCUCAUGGUACUGAUGACUGACUCAUCUCUUGAUUUCUUCUUAUUAUUAUUCCUUUAAGUGUGUGCAGUUUCUGGAAGAAGAGAUUUCUUUUUCAGACUUCCAUGUACUUUGUCAUACUAGCUUUUAUCCCAGAUGACUUCUCUGCUGAUUUCUCCCACCACAUGUUGUCUUCUGAUUUACAGUUGUCACUGCUCCCUGUUUUGACUCCGUAUGGCGGCAGUACAGUGUUUGCAUGUGGGUACACUACUUGGGGGUAACAGAAGCAUUACUGUGUUGCACUCCAACUCCGUGUGAUGCAUUUUCUUCUGCAGAUAGUGCUCCAUGCUACUGAACUGCUUCAGUGCUGUGAUGGGCAGACGCUUAGAUUCCAGUGGUGGUCAUUUUAUGAGAACCUUAGAUAAAUGAUGCAGCAAUGGCAUUGAAAGAACCAGGUGGCAAAAGGUGUUUGAUUUGAGUGUCCUCUGCAGCUGCUCAAGUUUACUUCUUAGCCUGGCUUUUACUUUACAGAGAAUUUAUGGUUGACUAUAAUGACUAGGAGAUCUGUUCAUGGACCAGGACUUCAUUGUGCCAGGUGCUUUACAGACAAAGAACAAGAAUGCUGACCUCAUCAAACCAUGUACUGCUUAAGUAUAAGAUUGAAAUAGUUUAAAAAAAAUCCCAACAAACUAGAAGGUUCUGUGGCCUACAUGGUAGUGUUGUAGAUUUUGGGGGCGUAAGCUUCUGUGCUGUUUCAAAAACAAAUUUCAUUUGAGUGGAGUAGGAAAUCAUGAGGAAAACUCAUUAUUUAAGUACAAGGGAUGAAGAUGAAAUAUUUAUCUGUCCAGAAAUCAGUUCCUACUGUAUUUUGACAUGCCUUUACAUCUUUUCAAUUAAUGUGUUAAAACUGAUUUUAAAUUUGGUUAGCCAAAGAUUUGCCAAAGAUCUGAAAGAGCUGUUUGUCUAUCAGACUAACCACAUAUUUUGAAAAAGUCUUGAUCACUGUGAUUGAAGAACAAUGCUACAACCUACGCAUUUCCAUCAGACAGACUCAUCUGGAUUUGUCACACUGAACUCGCUGCUUAUACUAAUGUUUUGGUCUUAAAACAACAGACUUAAGAGAGCGCCUUAGUGGGCCACAAAUACAAGUUUCAUACCCCUAUAAAAACCUGUAUAAGCACCUUUACUAUUUGUCCUUUUGUUUUUGCCAGCUACGCACCAGAGCUUUUCUCUGUGACUGCUGUUUGGUGGAUAAUAGGUAGGAUAAUACACUGGAAAAUAUGUGAAAUAUCUCAAAGUGCUGCUUUAAAUGCUACUGGAUAGCCUUCAGCACCUGGAGCCAUAUUUCCAUUAAAAGUCAGAGUUUCUGUUUUUCUGCUUUUCUAUUUGGGGAGGAUGGGGAAAUACUUACCUGGAUUGUUCUUUCCUAAUGGACAGAUGGAUUUUAAAGAUUUCAAGGCUACCAAAUAUGGCAAAAGAAUUGAAUUUCUAAUGUCAGGGAAUGGGCAAGAUACCCUUCUUGGUAUCUGAAGACUAAAGUUGUUGGGUUUGUUUUUCUUUUUCUUUUUUUCUUUUCUUUUUCUUUCUUUUUUUUUUUUAAAAAUCAACAGUAUUCUACUGUGUUUCCAGUAGAGUACCUCCUUGUAAAGUGCCUACAAACUUGGUUUUGUGUACAUUUAGUGAAGUUCAAGUCUUUCGCUGGAGGGUUUCUCAUGACCUGCUUAAGUUGUGAAGCUAUUGUGGUGGUGGCUCAUCACUUAACACAUUCAACCAAACCUUCUCUUAUUUGUUUUAUUUAGAUAUAACUUUGGAUAGAUGAUGGAAACCUGAGUAGUAGAACAAUUAUGGUGAAGUCAAUCACGCUGAGUGUUGGUUUCUGUAGAAACUUUUUUUUUCUUUGUAUAGAAGUAUUUCUCCUGGGAGCCCUUGAAAUUAUGCUUUUACUGCUGGUAAGUAAUGUCAACUAUCUCAAGCCAAAAGUUAAUGAGGACUGAAACUAAAACCAGAAUGUUACUGUUAGUUAUUCUGAUAUAACCAGGAAUUUUAAAUGCCUUUGUUUCUACAGCUGUCAUUGACUAAAGUCUUUACCUGCAGAAGAAAUACCUGGUGAUCAAGGCGGUGAAUAAAGUCUGUCAUUGCUAGAGCUCAUAGUAUUCCACAUAACAGCCAGCUAAUAAGACAGUUUGCUUUGUCUAGACUAAGGUCUGAUUUCUCUGAAGCCAAUUAUAUUCAGUCUUUAGAAUAAGUACUGCAAAUUUUUGAAGAAUUGUGUUUGGCUUAAUAGAUCUAUUUAUCUGUACUGCUCCUGCUGUAUUUGCUUUGGUCUUGGAAAAAAUACUCUACUUUGGAACAUAUAAGUCAACUAAAAGAACAGUAUACAAAGA